GAACACAGCAGGGAAGGCAGCAUCAGAGGAGCAGGAAAGCUGACGUUUCAGGUCGGGACCCUUCUUCAGAAAAAGAUUGCAGUGAGAGAGAGAUCCACUGAGGUCUUUCCGCAGGGAGGAGGAUAACUUCUUCAAGUUUGUCCAGAAUUUGUGAAAGAAGUGGAGUUAUUACAGGAAACAAGGAGAUAACAAGGUGUAGAGCUGGAUGACCACUGCAGGCCAAGCAGCAUCAGAGGAGCAGGAAGGCUAACAUUUCGGGCCUAGACCCUUCUUCAGAAAUUUCGAAAAAAAAAUCUCAGAGCUGGAAAAAUGCCAUCAGUUAGAGUCAUUAUUAUUCAAAUUACCUGUGGUUUCCGUAACUGGGGGGAGGUGUUUCCUCUGCAAUAUAACUGCACCUGACUCUCAAGAGUCAUCAGAACUCAAGCUGCUGCUGACUCUUCUCUGAAUCAAUCCAGAGGAGCCUCUAGAAGAGAGAAAUGGCUUCAAUAUUGUCAGCCCUGCUUCUUUGCCUGUUUCUUCAGUAUGCAUCAUCUGGAUCUCUCAACCUUUGCAUGAUAGAAAAUGCUACAAUGGGAGGCUCAUUCAGUUUAAUGAUUUCACCAAAAUACCUCAUGCCAAACACAACAUACAAAGUUACCGUGAAUGGAACUGGAGCCAAUGUAAUUGUAACUCUCUCAGCUUCCUAUAAUGGCAGCAGUAUUGGGAACUGGACAAAUAAUACUGAAAACUGUGCAGGAAUUUAUGGCAGAGGGAAACUCCCAACCACUGAAGGGUGGAUGUCACCCAAAAGCAUGAUGAACAUGCAUAGCAAUGUUUUAUUCAAAGCCUUUGUCAAAAUGUCUGAAAACAAAACAUACGUCAUGAACAAAACUCUCAGAAUAGCUCUUACAACCACUGCUGUAUCAAAUACGCAAACUACAGCUGUGUACAACAAGACCACGACUGCGUACAAUAAAACUACAACUGUGUACAUGACCACAACUUCAUACAACAUGACCACAACUCCAUACAACAUGACCACAACUCCAUACAACAUGACCACAACUAUAACAACUGCCAAUAAUUCAGCAGGUGUCAUUACCUUCAAGCCACUGAGUGGGAUUGUUAGCAUGCUCUUGCUCUUUGGUAUAGUGCGAGAAUUGCUGUCAUAAAAGGUUUGAAAUGCUGACCUUCACAAUUCCUAACAUUAUGGCAUAUCAAUUACAUUGCACCCAGAAAGACUGUCAAUCCAUUCUAAGUCCUCUUUCUAUAUAAAAAUACUGAAGCUUUUAUCUUUGCAGUAUCAAUCUUGAUCAAUCAAAAUUGGGAAAUAUAUUUUGUGGGGACACCUGCUUUCUUUAAUAAAAAGAAGUUUGAAUAUUUGCUGCAAUCCCAAAUAUUGUCCUUUGUUUCUCACUAUCCAAAUUCCAGGCAAGCCUGAAGGGUCUAGGCCCGAAAUGUCAGCCUCUCUGCUCCUAUGAUGCUGCUUGGCCUGCUGUGUUCAUCCAGCCCUGCACCUUGUUGUCUCUGAAUCAAUUAAGUUUAGUAACUCACCUUCUACUCUUUACUAUACUUCUGUGCAAGGGUGUGAAAAGUACUCUUGUUCUAUAUAGAGAUGAAUUCUAUUGGAAAUAUAAACCUGUUUAGAAUACAUGGCCAGUUCUUCAAAAUUAUAAUGAGUUGACUAAUAAUCUUUAGGUUUUUGUCCGUUUUCAUUCAUUAUUAAAUUGUUAAUUUUUUCUGAUUCUUUUUUAUUGCAUUUUCUUUUGUAUUUCUAGGCUUUUGUGCCUACCAUGUCAGAAAUUGAAUAUUCAGCACCUUCAUUGUUCAAUUGCUUUCUGUAAUGUAGCUUUGACAAUCAGUUGCACUGAAAGCCUUGACCAACUAUCUAGACAAAUGUCGCAACAAUGGAAUAUUUACAAUUCUAAGAUAAGCAAGUAAUUGGUUUCAAUUUCUUUAGGAUCUUAUUCCAUCCUGCAGAUUAUUAACAAAUGUCUAUUGGGUUCACAAUGCAAUAAUGUUCUAUAGCCUAUCAGAUAGCUUCAUAAUGUCAAUAGAUUACAUGGAUGGGAUUUAUAAUUGUAAUGUCACUGUUAUUUAGUGGGUAUCAAUAAUGAUCAUUUCACUUCUACCCAUUUUUCAAAUAUGAGCCUCAAAAUUCAUCAAAAUGUUCAAUAAAGGUACAGCACAAUUUUGUUUCCUGACAAGUAAAAUAUCACAUGAAAAUCUCAGGAAAAGAAAAUCCAAAAACUGUGCAAUGGACAAUCGUUUACUUUCAUCAUGUUCCACUUAAUCGUACAUAUUCUAAAGUACAAAUCUUUUAGAUAAGUGCCAGAAGCCAACUUGUUUAGUGGACCUGCUCAUAUUGUGCUUGGUGAAGCAUGGUUUCACUAGUAGUGUAAGCUUAAAAAUCAAAUCACUGUACGUUAGAGAGAAGAAGGUUAAGAGGUGGCUUAAUAGAGACAUACAAGAUGAUCAGAGGAUUAGAUAGGGUGGACAAUGGGAGCCUUUUUCCUCGGAUGGUGGUGACUAGCACGAGGGGAAAUAGCUUUAAAUUGAGGGGUGAUAGAUAUAGGACAGAUGUCAGAGGUAGGUUCGUUACUCAGAGAGUAGUAAGGGCGUGGAAUGCCCUGCCUGCAAAAGUAGUAGACUCGCCAACUUUAAGGGCAUUUAAAUGGUCACUGGAUAAACAUAUGGAUGAUAAUGGAAUAAUUUAGGUUAGAUGGGUUUCAGAUUGGUUUCACAGGUCGGCACAACAUCGAGGGCCAAAAGGCCUGUGCUGCGCUGUAAUGUUCUAUGUUCUAUGUUCUAAAGAUUUAACAUAUGCUUACUAAAUUCCACCAUUUGUUACUUUAAGUCAGUUCUCAGUCCACUUAGUUCAAGUGGGUUCAUGGCACCGUUAAAAUAGUGCAGAGAAGAUUUUGAUACCUAUGGGAUAAAAGUUCAUCUGAUAAUGUUGUUCUUUAUAACCUCCAGUCUAAUCAUUCACCAUAGUUAUGAAACCAUCAUCCUACAUACAAUUAUUCAAAGUAAUAAUUCUCACACUUUAUUCCCUGAUUCUAGAAUUAGAUGGUUUUCAAUCACCAAAAGAGUAAUUGAUCCCAAUUCUUAUUUAUUAAUUAUUGUUUUGGUUUCACAUUUAUAUAUUUAACCUCACUUCAUACCUCCAUUCAAUUGUUUUACUUUAAUUAAACAUUUAUUGACCCUCUGUUGGUAUUUUAUAUAAGAAGUAACUUGCACAUUUCCAGACAAUUCAGACAUGAUACCAAAGGCAAAAGUCUUUUGAAUCACUGUCCAUUUUAUGAAGACCUGCAAGCACUAGCCUGCAAGCCUGAUAAUGCCCUAAAAUGAAGUAUGUUUUCACUAGUAUGGUGUCCAAAGAUAAUGCCUAGGUAGAAAAUCAUUGUUUAGAAAUGUGCUGAGCUGUUUAUAAAUACACUGAAAUUAUUUACAAAAGUAAUGUUACUUUCUUUAAUAAAAGUUUAACUUGAUUUA